AUGAUGGAUGUCCAACUGGCCGACGAAUUGCGCGAAGCUACCGACCAACUGCUCGACAUCACACCAGCCCGACCUUCCGCUUUCCCGCCUUCGCCUCAUCUACAGCAAUCACGUCGCCUUCCUUCCCCAGGUAAAGCUGCUGCUACCUCAGGCCCUCCUAGACUUGCUACGUUCUCGUCCAGCUCCAAGCUCGAAGUACUUCACUCUCCUACGGAUGUCAGACCUUGGCAGUGGCCGGUGCCAACAGCUUCCGCUUCGGUGGAUGGUGUGUACGACACGAGCAGCCCGUCACUCGGUGCGUCAGAUCGACCAGACCAGCCAAUCAGGAUUGAGCUUGGACCGAAUGUUCAAGACGAUGCGGAUGAUCAACUUCCAUCACGGGGUCUAAGCAGUCGUGUACAAUCCGUCAAGGCUGCUACUGGCCAAGAGGACGAUGGACAUCUUACAGAUGGCGCGGACCGGCAAGGCAGAGCUGCAUCUCCGAGCAAGCUCAGAGUGCGCACCCCUGUCAACGAUAUCUACAUCAAUCAGUUUGGCGAGCGCAUAGUGCAAGGCAAAGUCGUCGGGCGCAUUCUUGGCGGAAGACCAAGACCGUCUUCCCGCAACGGCGAUCCAUCACGUCAGAAUGAAGGUGCGGUACUACGACCAGCGUCACGGAAUUCUUUUGCAGCUGAUCCGUCAGCCAUACCGCUUUCACCCCAUGAGCUCAACGAUACAGCCGCUGCUGCGACGUCAAGCCCGCCUGCAUUCUUUCUCGAGUCGUUCCCGGACGCAUUCGCAGCCGCACCAAGCACGAGCCCCACGACCUCUUCCCCCCAGAGGAAAGAGCGAAGACCCUCCAAAGGGGGGCCGCCGAGCAUCAUCAAGGCUCCGCGUGCAGUGGUGGGUGCUCUCGAAUUAAAACAUUCUGACAGCUUCGAAGAGGCACAGAUUUUACAGGAUGCAAGUUUCCAGACGGCAUCCGAUUUUGGGUCGCCUUCUUCAUCAUCGUCCAAGCAGCUAUCGUUGUCGCCGAGACCUGGGAUACUCCUACCAGCUUCAGGAUCGCCAACCAGUGACGCUGAUGGUGAGCUCACCAGAGAGCUACGAGGACUACAGCUGUACAGUGCGGAUGGGGCAAAGAGCCCGGCGGGAACGAAAGAAUCCACACUGCUCUCACCAAGCGACGGGAUCGGAACAUGGGAAAGCGCAAGGUCCAAAUUCGAGCUGCCGUCGUUCCGGCGACCGACUCCAACGAUCGAAUUGAGUCAAGCCAAAGCGGACCCUGUCAUAUUGCACGGCAACAGACGACAGGCACGGGCUUCAGGCGUCGUCCUACCGCAAACAGAUGCGAACAGCGGUCACGGCUCCACGUACGCCUCUCCUGCUAUUUCGCCGGCUGUAACGUCAAUACCGGUCGAUCAGAACAGAGGAGGGCUCUCGCACAAUCAAGAGCCAGUAGAUGCGCGCUCUCGACUCGGAACCGCUUCGGAACCCACGAGCCCUCUCCUGUCUCCACGUCACACUCGAGCUGAGCAAGAAGGUGGUGUCGACCCAGCCGCGGAAGACACAGAUGAACAGGUGGAACGCAACGAUGAUAAAGACGGCGAUGACGACAAGGCCUCACUCGAAUCGGCGCCUUCCUCUCUCAUCUCGCUGCCCGUCUCCGCUCUGACGUCGUCCUCCCGCUCGCCCAGCCACCACAGUCUCGAGCGACGACGCAGCACCACAGGCAGCUUACUCUCACACGCACGCCGCAGAUCUUCUUCGCACCACCACAGCUGCGACAUCUUUGCACGCGAGAUUCGAAUCCGAGGCUGGUCCGAAGUAGGCUCGCAAGCCCGCGGGUGGGUCGUGUUCGAGCUGCGCAUCAUCACCAAACAGGGCACACCCAUCGUCGCGCACAAACGCUUCUCGUCGUUUGUCAAGCUGCGCACGCUGUUGCUCAAGGAGUGCAAGGAGCAGGCAAAGUGGCUGCCAGAACUGCCGACGCGCAGGACGGGCUUUCUGAGCAAGUACGAUGCCAAGUACUUGGAGAAGCGAAGAAGAGCGCUGCAGAGGUGGCUGGAGGUCGUCGCGCUGGAUAAGGUGUGGGGUGCGAGCGAGGCGCUGAGAGAGUGGGUGUUGGCUAGCGAUUAG